UAGUUUGCUUGUGAUUGAAAGGUAAUAAAAUAAAUAAAUAAUCCAGAUGCUGGAACAAAAAUAAACAAACUAAAUCUACCCUAAAUCCCCAGAAUUUGAAAAGCUAGUCUUCCAAAAGACUCUUAUUUUUUUGUUUUUUCUUGAAAGUAUCAACUUUUCAUAUUGGUUUGUGUUUUCUCUUGGAUCUUUGCCCUUUCCCUUUCUCCUUUUCCUUGCUUCGAACACUUUCCAGAUUCCCCUUUACUCAUAUAGAGAGGAAAAGAUGGAAUCUUUCCAUUCUUUACUUUUUUUUUUCUUUUUCUGGGACUUUCCGAUUCUUGUUUGAUUGAAUCCAGUUUUCUUUUCUUUUCUUUCAUCUUUUUUAAAAAAUUUUUGUCCAUUGUUUCUGAUCAAAGUAAGCUAAUUAGUGAUUUAAGUUGUAUAAUAAAAUUAUAAAAGAGAUAAAAGUUAAAAACUUUUGGAAUUUUCAUGGGCCAGUAUAGAGGAUCUAAAGACGGCGGUUCAGUAAAGAAGCAGGAGAUAGUAUUACCAUCGCCGUCGCCGUCGCCAUCGAUGUCCUUGUUGUCGUCUUCUUCAUCAGAUAUAUCGUCAAACGCAAAUGUUUUGGAUAUUGGAGCUGAAAGUUGGGCGAAGGCGGAGAAAGUGACGGAGAACAUUCUUCAGAAAGUCCAGCCCACUGCUGAAUCGGACCACCGGAGACGAGCUGUAACUGACUAUAUUCAGAGGCUGUUCCGAAAUUUUCUUGGUUGUGAGGUAUUCCCUUACGGCUCUGUCCCAUUAAAGACCUACCUUCCUGAUGGAGAUAUUGAUUUGACCACAUUUGGUGGAACAAAUUUUGAGGAUGCUUUGGCUAAUGAUAUGGUAUCUAUACUUGAAGCAGAAGAUCAAAAUAAGGCUGCUGAAUUCAUUGUUAAAGAUGUGCAGUUGAUUCGUGCUGAGGUUAAGCUUGUAAAAUGCAUUGUGCAGAACAUUGUUGUUGAUAUUUCCUUAAACCAAAUAGGCGGUCUUUGUACUCUCUGCUUUCUUGAGCAGGUUGAUCGCCUCAUUGGAAAAGAUCAUCUAUUUAAGCGAAGCAUUAUCUUGAUAAAAACUUGGUGCUAUUAUGAAAGCCGGAUUCUUGGUGCUCAUCACGGCUUGAUUUCUACUUAUGCCUUAGAAACUCUGGUUCUGUACAUCUUUCACUUUUUUCACGCCACAUUAGAUGGCCCCUUAGCAGUUCUAUAUAAAUUUUUGGACUACUUCAGCAAGUUUGAUUGGGAAAACUAUUGUGUUAGUCUUACUGGGCCUGUUCGCAUAUCCUCUUUACCAGAAUCUGUUGCUGAGAUGCCUGUAAGUAAUGGUGGUGAUUUACUGCUCAGCAAUGAUUUUGUUAGAUAUUGUCUUGAGAUGUUUUCAGUGCCUCCUAAAGCUGGUGAUUCGAAUUCCCGGACAUUUCUGCACAAGUAUCUUAACAUAAUUGAUCCUCUAAAGGAAACUAAUAAUCUUGGUCGGAGUGUUAGUAAAGGGAAUUUCUACCGGAUACGAAGUGCAUUCAAUUAUGGGGCUACAAAGCUGGAAAGCAUACUUCUACAAUCCGAAGAUAGUAUUGCGGAGGAACUUUAUAAGUUUUUCCCCAACACUAUGGAUCGGCAUGAUAGCGGAGAGAGGCCUGAUGUUCAAGAUCCGAGCAGUAGCUUCUGUCUUGCAUCUCCUGCUCCAAAUAUUGAGCCAUCACAAAUAGAGCAGGGAAAAUCUGAAUUAUGUUUUGCCAGUGAUGGUGGAACACAUAGAAUUAGCAAGCUCAAUCCUGAUGGAUCUUCUUGCAGAGAAGAUAGACAUCAGAAGGGCAAUACAGAGGCACAUCAAUCUGUGCUGCCGUUGAAGGCAGAGAGUCAUGGAAACGGGAGCUCAGUGGGUUACCGUCUUUUGGGUGAUGCAGCAGAUCUUGCCAGCUCUAUUGAGAAUGGCCUUUCAAUAUCUACUGAUAUGCCUGAUCUUACUGAUUCAAGCAGCAAGAAGUGCCAAUCAAGUCAGGGUAUGCCUUGCUAUGCACCUCAUCUAUUUUUUGCCAACUCCCUGUUGUGCAAUGGGGAGAUGAAAAAUGAGAUUUCCCAUAUGAAACAGUUUGGCAACUCUGAGAAGAGUGUUUCAUCAUCUGGGUCCUCGCCGCCUACCUCUAAUGAGGGAAAGAAUUUUACUGUCCAUGGCUUGGAGCAGACUGUAUUGGAUGUUAAAGAAGCUGUCUCUUCUAUUCCAAAACCAUAUAGUUGCUCUGGAGGAGAUCAUUUGAAUUGGGAUUUGGCAUCAACAGAUGGUUCCAGAAUUCCUUUGAAAGCUUUGUCCGAUCUAAGUGGGGACUACGACAAUUACUUCAACAGUUUGCAGUAUGGACUCAGGUGUUAUGAAUAUGCCUUGAUUGUUCCUGCUCUGCCUGUACCUCCAGCACCACCAUCUCCAUAUCACAUCAAGUACUCAUGGGAAGCUGCUCAGCUGCCGUCAUAUAUGGAAAGGAAUGGAUUUUCUCAUGGGAGUACGAAUGGUGUUAUACCAAGUCAAGCAUUCUGCACCAUUAAUCCAAUGUUAAUGCAUGGUAUGCCUUAUGCCUUGGAAGAGAUGCCAAAGCAACGGGGAACUGGGACAUACUUCCCGAACUUGGAUCGUCCUCCACAAGGUUAUAGACCUUCAGUGGUGAAGGGUAGACAUCAGGCAGGAUUGAGAUCUCCCCGAACUAAUGGCCGCGCGACUUUCACAGAGAUGCACACACUUGAGAGAAGCUUCCAUGAGCAGCCGCAGUCUGAAUCUUCUGCUGAUCAGAGUAAUGUCCAUCCUUUAUUGUCCCCUCAUGGGAGGGGACACCGUAGCAUGACUGGUCUGGUUUUACAGGCCGAGGGAGUGGUUGAAUUUGGUUCUGUUGGCUUGGUGCCUUUGGGAACGAGCAUAUCUCAAAAGAGUAGGCAAAAUGCUGUUUCUUCUCCUACUCAGCAGUCCAGCCCAGUAUCUCCAAUACCAGCAAUGCAGAGGUCAAAUUCUGUUUUUAGUAAGGAUCUUGAUAGGGUCACCUUCAAAUCAUCAUACCAUCUAAAAGAUGAUGAUGAUUUCCCUCCUUUGUCUUUCUGAAUGUGGGUUCUGGAGAUGCUCCUGCUGUUUUUGCUAUAAAGGAAGUAUGAGCUGGGUGUUUCUGCCUCAUGGUCUUCCUAAUUUCAAAUAUACAUGAUGUACCAUUAGUUUUUGCGGUGUGUUGUAUUCAAGGUGUUUGUACAUUAUUGUACUGAUUACUCCACACAGCUGCCAACUUGCACAUGAUGUGUUUAUGUGAGUUGCACUUGUAUAGGAUUUAAAAUCAUAGAAUUUCUUUAUGAGGCUGUGUUCUUGAUUGUAAGUUAUUGGCUACUUGUGAUAAGAUGACUUUGGGUUGUUGCAUCAUUUGUAACAACAGAUUGGGAGUGAAUGGAGAUUUAGUGAGAACAUCCUUUAGUUAUUCUGGUUUUAGAACAUUACUUCUGAAUGGAGAUUUUGUAGUGA